AUGAAGAAUAAGAAGCAGAAGUUUGACUGCCAACAACAAUCGACGUCGGCGUGCAUAUCGGAAAUCAUGUUACUUCUCGUGGUCGUCGACGUCUCGAUUUGUUUGUUGUGUUGGCUUUGUUGUCUUGUUUAUUUGAAGUUUCUAUUGCCAACAUCACAUGAUGAUGAUUCACCAGAUUUAUAUGACUUCUCUGCAAGUUUUACUAGCGCAGCGCAUCUUUUCAGCAACCUCAAUUUAGUGGCGAUGAAUGGAAGUCAAUGUGAAUAG